AACCUUACGUCAGCUGUUUUCUAGUAUUGAGGAUAGGACAUUUGUCAUGCGAGUGACAAGGUCGCAGAUGACGCGUGUCUCUCCUAGAACAAUGGGUUCCCCAGUCAAGUGGGAGUCGUACAAUGCCCAACUCUCCACGGAUUUACGCAGGCUUGAAGUAUUGUCCGGCUCAAAUUCACUUAAACUGCAUUAUGGGCCGCCGUAUGCAUGGUAUUGCCAUCGCUGUUGCCGCAAUUUGCACCAUUGUGGUAAACGGCCAGGGACAAUUUGAGCCUGGGCGAUGCGGCUGCCUGGAAGUGCCAGUGAACGGUGCUCCAAGACGAGAUAACUUCUGCAGAUCUAAGUGGACACCGUCCUCAGAACUCAACAAAAUUCGCCACUGUGUAUGCAGGCCAGGUUUUGUUCGGAACUCCUGGGGCGACUGCAUCACUAAGCAGGAGUGCAAGAGCUGUAAAUGCUUCUGGGACCGAGACUUCAAUGUGUGCGCUCGCGCGUGCCCCUUGAUUUGCAACGAGCCAAUACGGUCAACAUGUCCCCAGCAUUGUGUCUUCGGAUGCGACUGCCCUCCUGGAUACGUACGGAGUGCAAGUGGACGCAGGAAGUCUUGCGUCAAGAUUGCGCAGUGCGCACCAAGGUGCCCACCAAACUCAAGUUUUCAAACCUGCGUGUCAACGUGCGCGCCAAAGUGCGGGAAACCUAGAACAAACAACUGCGUCACGCGCUGUCAGAGGGGUGGAUGCGUCUGCAGCCAGGGUUACGCCGAGGCUGAGCAGGACGGACAGACAAUAUGCGUGCCGGAACAAGAGUGCUCGCGAUACGCAACGAUGGCGAUGCCGUUGCCACCUACCAGGCCCGGAAGCAUGGGCGGCAGCGGAGGUUCAUUUGGCAUAUCAUACCGCCCCGGUGGCGACACUGCGCCCCAAAUUCCACCACCCGUACCUGGCGCUGGAGUUCCCCCACGAGGAGGGGAAGGAAUUUUCCCACAGGGUGGGUCCUCGUAUACUACCACCGGAUAUAGCCCGGGAGGCCUUUCUAUGUACCCACAGGGAGCACCCUCGCAAGGCACCCUGGUAUACAAGCCAGAUAGAGUGGGAUCGUUCCCACAAACCACACGUCCACUGGAUGCAACGCAAGGUCAGCCGUCCGGCAGUAUAUUAUACCAAGGUGGUUCAUCCUCCCCGGGUAGCACAGGGUAUGUGACAACCGGUAGUUUAGGAACAGUAUUAUAUCCCCCGAUCAGCGUCGAAAGUCGACCAGUAGUCAUGCCAGGCGCAAAUUCAGGCUACCAAACGGGCACGCCUUGCUCUAAUCAAGGUUUGCCGUGCUAUAAAUUGUCCACCGUCGGCGUCCGAGGAUGCCGGCAGUGCUAGGGAGUUGCGGCGCUUAGAGGUGUGUUUCACCUUUUUUCGAUAUGAUUUCCUUUUUUAUAAGUUCUGGUGCAAAGAGAUACAGAGUAAAAUGCAUGCCGACGACACUCGCUCAGGGCGGUGCGAACAUCUGUUUCAACCUUCACAUGCGCAAUAAAUGGAAUGACAGCUGACUAUGCUUGGUCGUUACUUCCCGACAUACAUAAAGCUGUUUGCCAGAAAAACGACUGCAGCAAUCUAUUUAAUUUUCUCUUCUUUAUUUCUGCUUGUCUUUUGUUCUUAGCGGAGAGAAUUGAUGCGCAGAGGUAUCCGCAACCAUGAUGAAUGGUGAAAACAAUUAAAAAUUAAAUGAAUGUUUGACAUGCGCUACCAAAGUUAAAGCAUUGAAGAGGUUUUGCUUUUAAUGUAUUUGUGAAGUGCUGUUUUUUUUUUGUUUCUGCACAAGCGGUAUUUAAAGCCAUCCCUGUUUGAAUAAAAUGCUGCUUGUCAUUGUGCA